GGUUUUGUGUGUGAUUAAAUGUGUUAAUGUGUAUGUGGUUAUGGUCCUAGGCGUUAGGUUUCGUAUGUUUUGGCCUGUCUGGACUUAUUUAGGUUUUGAUCUUUUUAUAUAGAAAUGGGACUCGUUCUGGAGUCAGCCUAGUGAUUUUGGUUUUGUUUCGGUGAAGAGAUUGACAAGGUUCUUGCUUCGGUUUUGAAGGGAUGUAAUUGUAGGAGGUAGAUUGUCUCUGAAAGUUAGCUUAGAUAUAGAACUGUUUGAGUUUAGAUGGGUACUCGAGUUAUGAGGUUGAUAAUGAAGCAGCCCCAUUAUGGGUUUUUGGGUGUUCGGUUGAAAACAACAUCGUCCCAGUAUGUGGCAUCAAGAGCCAGAGAUCCCACGUUUGAGAAACUAAUGGAUAAGUACAAGAACCUUGUCAAAGUCGUUGCAGUGCAAGAUCUUAUCCUCGCAAACCCGAGUGACCCUGCAGUUUCUGUUGAUUUUCUGUCCAGGCUCUCUCAAAAGCUCCAUCUCAACCGUGGUGCAGUCGCCUUUCUUCGCAAAUACCCUCAUAUUUUCCACAUUUACCAUGACCCGACAAAGGGACAGACACGAUGCACAUUAACUGAUACUGCGUUUAGGAUUUCAGAAGAAGAAGCAGAGGCUAUUAAUGCCUCGUUGCCACUUGUUGUUGAUCGAUUGGUUCGGCUUCUGUCCAUGUCGACUUCCAAGAUGUUGCCACUACGUGGCAUUUUUAAAGUUUUCAGAGAACUUGGGCUUCCUGAUGAUUUUGAGCAGUCUGUAAUAUCUAAAAACUCCCAUCUUUUUCAACUUUGUGAUGCUCAUGAGCCCAAUACUCAUAACUUGAAACUGGUUGGUGAAAUUUCUGACAAGUUUGUUGCAGCUGUUGAGAAUUGGAGGGUAGAGGAAUAUUGCAAGGAGGGUUGCAGUGUUGAUAGGGCUGAACUUCAGUUUAGUUUUAAGCAUGGGUAUCCUCCAGGGAUGAGGUUAAAAAAGAAUUUUAGAGCCAAGGUUAAAGAAUGGCAGAAGUUGCCAUAUGUCGGGCCAUAUGAUGAGGUCACAGAGAAGAAGAGGUUGUCUAAAGCUGGAAUGAAAGUAGGGGAGAAACGAGCGGUUGCAAUAGUUCAUGAGUUCUUGAAUCUGACAGUUGAGAAGAUGGUUGAAGUGGAGAAAAUCAGUCAUUUCAGAAAAUUGUAUGGGUUUGAUUUAAAUAUAAGGGAUUUGUUCCUGGAUCACCCUGGGAUGUUUUAUUUGUCUACCAAGGGAAAGCGACACACUGUUUUUCUGAGAGAAGCUUAUGAGAAAGGCUGUUUGAUUCACCCAAAUCCAGUUUAUAAUGCAAGGAGAAAGCUACUGGAUCUUGUUGUUUUAGGACGUCAUGAUAUGUUUACUGGUGACUCAAAGAUGAAGAGCAUUGCUAAUACUAUGCAGAGCCAGCUUGUGUGUAGUGGUUGUAGGAGCAUUCUUCUUUAUCCUAGAGGAGCUUCAAAUGUUUGUUGUGCAUUAUGCAAUAUAAUAACCCCAGUCCCUCCUCCUGGUACGGAAAUGGCUCAACUUAUUUGUGGGGGUUGCAGGACAUUGUUAAUGCAUACAAGUGGGGCAACAAGUGUGAGAUGCUCCUGCUGUCAUACAGUCAAUCUUGCUCCAGCAGCCAAUCAGUUUGCCCACAUCAACUGUGGGAACUGCCGGACAACACUUAUGUAUCCAUAUGGGGCUCCUUCAGUUAAAUGCGCAGUCUGUCAGUUUGUUACCAAUGUUAUGGGCAAUGCGAGGGUUCCAAUUCCAGUGCACAGACCCUCUACUUCAGCAUCAAUGCCUCAUUCUCAGAGCCAGACUGUUGUCGUUGAGAACCCGAUGUCGGUUGAUGAGAGUGGAAAAUUGGUGAGCAAUGUCGUAGUUGGUGUCACAACAGGGAAAAAGUAGCACUCAGAUCCUGAAAAUCUACCGCAGCUACUUACUGGAUCAAAUCCUUAUCACACAUUACUUGGAAGAUAGACAUCAAAAAAUUGGUUGUAUAUUUUGUUGGAGAUGUUCAUAAUUUACAACAUUUGUGCGAGAAACCAUGUCAAAUCUGAGGUGUCAGAUUUAUGUAUGAUGCACUAAAAACACCUGAAGUGGAGAGGAUAUUCAUAUCAUUCUUGUGAUUGCUAUAUCACCAUGUGUUGUAGUUGAGUUACUGCAGAUAAAGUAUAUAUGUUUCGGGAUCUAAUUGUCAAACAUUUACUCUGUAUUUAAACAACUUCUUUGGUUGAUGAACUGAUACUUUUCAUGAUGAUGGUGCUCCUUUCAUUCUAUUUUGAGCUUAAUUUGCAUCUC